AGAGAACAUUUUUUCCUCAUGUGUGGACCUAUGGCUCAUAUAUUAUGGCCCAGUUUGGAAGAGUUUAUUUGAGCAUAUCUGACAGCAUAAGCUCUUAUGCCAGUGUUUGGAAGGGCUUAUGCAAACAGCUUAUGACCUGCCAUAAGCUAUUUUCAGCUUAUUUUCAUAAGCUACUCAAGAUAGCUUAUGAAAAACAGUUUAUGCUUAUAUACAGCUUAUUUUUAAUUUAUUUCAAUAAAUUUUCAAAAAUAGCUUAUGAAUAAACGCUUAUGACCAUAAGUGCUUAAUUAAGCUGUUUUUCCAAACGGGGCCUAUAUUGUUACAAAUCUGCUUGACUUUUAUCUCACCAUCCUUUUAUAGUUAUCUUUUGGCACAGUUUAUAAUUUUUUUAAGGUGUGAACUCUGGUAAAAUCUAGUGAAUAUCUAUAUGGUUUUCUAUAUUAAUUAUUAAAAGAAUAGUGAUGCACUAAUUCAAGGCCUCAAGGGGUAUGGACCAACAAUGUGUUGGUACGAGUGGAAGGGGCUCGAGUCUCUUAAGCACGUGAUCCUGGAUUCGUUCCAUUGAUCUAUGUGUAUGAAAAAAAAAAUUAAGGGGUAGGGGAAGGGCUGGUCACUACUAGUGAGUCCUUGUGGGUCAGGGUGCAUUCAAGCAGUGAGGUUCAAAUUACUAACCCUUUUCACUUUCCCCGGACUGAAGGCAAUUGAGUCAUGCAGACCCCAAAGACAAAGACAAGAAGUGGCUCCUCCUCUGAAGUGCCUCAGAAGGUUUCUCCUCGCGGUUCACGCCUAUUCAGGCCUACUGCUCUAGAAACAGAAUCUCUAAUUGUAUCUUCUUCAAAUCAAGCUAAUAAAGUAACAAAGGAAAGAAGCCCCAAAAUCACUGACCGAAGAUCACCAAGAAGCCCAGUUCCUGAGCCACGAUGGGAAAAAGCAAGGUUGAUGCCAACCCCAUCAAGAUGAAGGAAUGCCUCGCCCAGUCGGCUGCGGCGGCGAAGAAAAGGGCCGCCGAGACUGAGCAGAAGAAAAAGAAUGAAGGUACUUCGAGCUCUGAUAACGUCAGGGACCCUAAGCGGCAAAAAACUUCGAGCGCUGCUGGUGGUAGACCUCUUCACCAAUCAACUCAAUCAACUCUCAAUCCAAAAGGUCGUCUGGCUGAGAAAAAGAAGGGUCAUGACAAUGUCCCGCCAAUUCAACCGGAUUCGAGUGCACUAAUCAACCGUCCGCCAACUCCAUUUACCCAAGCUGGCACUAGCUCAGCUAUUGAUGGCGAGACUCCUCCCCCUUUCCUGAACUUAUCUGAUCCUCAUUUCAACGGAUUGGAUUUUAUGACCCGCACCUUUGAUAACCGGCUUCACAAGGAUGUUUCCGGUCAAGGUCCCCCCAACAUUGCUUCUGUGGCGAUUCAUCACGCACUUUCUGCCGCCAGUACCGUGGCGGGAAUGGCUCAGUGUGUGAAGGAAUUGAUAUCGGCCAAGAAUCGUCUUGAGAAGAAGGUAGCCGAUUAUAAAACUGCCUAUGAACGAGCUAAGGCUGACGCUGAGGCCGCCAACAAGAAGCUGAAAUCUGCUGAAGAAAAGUGCACUAAGUUAACUGCUGAAUUGGCGGCUUCUGACCUGCUUCUUCAGAAGACCACGUCUCUAAAAGAAGCCAUCAAUGAUAAACACACUGCCAUUCAAGCCAAGUGCCAAAAACUGGAAAAGAAGUACGAACGUCUGAAUGCUUCUAUCUUAGGGCGUGCUUCUAUCCAGUUUGCUCAAGGUUUUCUGGCGGCUAAAGAGCAGAUUAGUGUGGUUGAGCAGGGCUUUGAUCUUUCCCGCAUCGGAUGGCUGAAGGAGAUCAAGGAUGGUCAAGUGGUUGGCGAUGAUGACAUAAGCCUCGAUCUCCUUCCUCAAUUCAAUGAUGAAAGUGAGUCUGAAGAAGAAGAAGAUGAUGGCGAAGAUAAAAAUGAUCAGGACAAGGGUGAUGAUCAAGGAAAGGAAGACCCUCAAGUUGUUGCAGGUCAAGGGGACAGCGCCAACAACGAGAAUCUGCCUUGAAUUUGUUUUUAUUUUAUGAAGUCAACAUUGUGCCCUGGGCGUUGCCCUGUUGUUUUUUAUCGUUCUAAAUCAUGUACGGGCAUCGCCCCUUUUUCUUACUUUUAAUGAAGACAGUUUUAAGUUCAUUCGUUGUUACCUUGCGUUGUUACCAACUUUUGUUGUUUUUUAGGUCUAUAUACCUUAGUCGAUUUUUCGACGAGGCUUGGUUUCUAGUGGCCACUAGAAUUGCCAAGGCUUUUAACAUUUGAUGGCGAUACUCUCUUAUUCCGAAAGGUUUACUCGCGGUAUUGCAUACCUUGAUACGAUUUGCAUUGCAUGAACUCGUAAUAUAAAUUAAAAAAUAUAUGCGAUUCUGUUGAAAUGAUCUUUUCAUUAAUUUUCUUUCAUAUGGGAACAAUUGUCCCUUCAUUACAUAUGUCGCAUCAUUAAAAACCUUUCCAAAGAAAGGGAAAAAGAGUGCGACUUCAUUCACCUUUGUUGUUUUGUCUUUUUAACUAAAAUAUUGCUUCAGAUGUGAGGCGUUCCAUGUCCGUGGGACCCUCUGACCAUUAAGUUGUUCCAACUUAUAAGCUCCUCCUCCAACAUCGUCUAUAAUCCUAUAAGGCCCGCCCCAAUUGGGUGAAAGUUUGUUGUGUUUGUCGGGUAUUGUAUUUUUUCGGAGCACCAAGUCUCCUACCCUCAUCUUUCUUGGCACUACUUUUGUUGUGAAUUUUCUUGCAAUCUUCACUUUUCCCGCCUCAUUUCUUAUGUGUGCCUCCCGUUGUUCUUCUGGCAACAUAAUUAGAUUUGCUAUCAGAUUUUCCCCGUUGUCAUUCUCAUUGAACCGAGCCACUCGCCAACUCUGGUUUUCUAUUUCCACUGGGAGCAUGGCGUCAGUCCCAUAAGUUAAACGAUACGGGGUUUCCUUUGUGCUUGAUUGUUCAGUAGUGUUAUAUGCCCAAAGAACGCCUGGUAACUCCUCCGCCCAAAGUCCUUUCGCUUCAUCCAGCUUCUUUUUUAAUCCUUUCAAAAUGACUUUAUUAGCUGACUCGGCCUGUCCAUUAGUUUGUGGGUGUUCUACCGAGGCAAAUCUCAUUUCAAUUCCCAUUCCUGCACAAAAUUCCCGGGUGACGUUACUCGUGAAUUGGGUCCCAUUGUCCAUUACCAAAGCCAUGGGGACCCCAAAUCUGCACACAAUUCUCCGCCACAGGAAGUUCCUGACCUUGACCGCCGUGAUAGUUGCCACUGCUUCGGCUUCUAUCCACUUAGUGAAGUAAUCAACCGCCACGAUGAUAUAUUUCAUUUGUGCCCUUGCUACCGGGAAUGGUCCCAAGAUAUUAGUUCCCCACAUGGCGAAUGGCCAAGGCGCCAUCAUGGUUGUUAAUUCUUCCGGUGGAGCCUUGUGUAAGUCAGAAAAGACUUGACAUUUUUCACAUUUCUUAACAUAUUCCAAACAGUCCCUCUUCAUUGUUGGCCAAUAAAAUCCUGCUCUCAAAACUUUUACUGCCAAGGAUCGCCCACCAAUAUGACUGGAACACACGCCUUCAUGGACUUCCGCCAUUAUUCCGGGGGCGUCCUUGGUAUCGACACAUUUGAGCAUAGGAGACAUAAUUCCCCGCCGAUACAACUCACCAUCCACCAUUGUGUAAAAACUGGCUUCCCUGCGUUUUGCUCUAAUGUUCAGAUCAUCAUCCUUUGGAGGGUUUUCCAGGAAGAUCUUGAUUGACUCCAUCCAAGAAGGCUCGCCCUCAUUUACUGACUUUACUUCUUUCAACUUUAUUUCUACCAAAUCAAUGCUCGGGCGAGGCAGGGUUUCCUGAAUGACUGUUUGGUAAUUGCCCAAUCUCCCUGUGCUUGCCAAUUUUGCUAACACAUCUGCCCUCUCAUUUUGUCCCCUCGGGACAUGUUCUAUUUUAAUUUCUUUGACCUCCAUCAUCAAUCUGCGCACCACUUCCAAGUAUUUGGAAAGUUGCGGAUCCUUUACUUGAUACUCGCCUUUCACCUGUUUAACCACUAAUUGCGAAUCUCCCUUGAUAAAUAACUUUUGGACCCCCAACUCAAUGGCUAGCCUUAAGCCGGCGAUCAAAGCCUCAUACUCAGAUUGAUUAUUGCUCGCCUUGAACUCGAACUUUAGAGACUGUUCAAUGAUCAUUUUGUCUGGACUUUCGAUUGUUAUCCCAGCCCCACUUCCAGUGUUAUUAGAGGAUCCAUCCACAGAUAGGACUCAUUCUCCUUGAGUCUUCUCGCCUUCCGUGGGUGUUAAUUCCGCCACGAAGUCGAUCAAACUUUGGACUGUGACUUGACCCCUUGGCUCAUAUUGUAUAUCAUAUUCUGACAGUUCCACUGACCAGCUAACCAAUCGCCCUGAUAAAUCAGGCUUCUGAAGUACUUGCCUUAAGGGGACAUCAGUUUUAACUUUGAUUUGGAAACUUUGGAAAUAAGGCCUGAGGCGCCUCGCGGUUUUCAGAAUUGCCAAUGCAGCCUUUUCAAUUUUUUGGUACCGCAACUCUGCCCCCUGUAAAGUAUGGCUCACGAAAUAUAUAACUUUCUGCUUUUUUUCCUCUUCCUGGAGCAACACUGUACUCACCGCCUUGUCAGUAACUGCUAGAUAGAGCACUAACGGAACGCCUGGUGUUGGCUUGGAGAGUACUGGUAAUGUGGCCAAUGAUUCUUUUAAUUUGGUAAAAGCUUGUUCGCAUUCCUCUAUCCACUGAAACUGUGAAUUCUUUUUUAAGCAUGUGAAGAAUGGGGCCGCUUUGUCACCCGCCAUUGGCAAGAAACGUGACAAGGCGGCCAUUCGUCCUGUCAAACGUUGAACUUCUUUGACACUUUUUGGGCUUUUCAUCUCCAAGAUCACCCUUCCCUUAUCAGGAUUCACUUCUAUUCCUCUCGAUGUUAACAUAAAUCCCAAGAACUUUCCUCCCUGGAUCCCAAAAGAACACUUCUCAGGAUUCAACUUCAUUUGAUAUGUUCUUAAUUGAGUAAAUGCUUCCUUGAGAUCGCCGCCAUGAGUAAAGAGAACGUCGGCGAUGGGAGAGCACCGCGCAAUGACGACGGCCGGAGUGAGCAAGGUUCACCGGAGAACAAAGAAGAGAGUGAAAGCUGCGAUGAAAAAGUUUUCAGAGCAAAGGUUUUCAGAAAAGUGAAAAGUGAAAGGUGAAAAGGGUAUUUAUAGAAGAAAAAGGAAGAGAGAGAAUGAGUGGGAAAGAUUGUGAAGGGUCGUGGGAUCGUGGGAUUUGAAAAGGUAUGAAACGAAAAGACAUAACUCCUCGAGACGCACAACUGCAUUUAUGGCAAAUGAUAACAAAAUCCCGGAAAAGAAGGAUACGUGCGUCAGCUGAAAAGACGUGAUUGAUGGGUGUGAUAACGACGAUGUAUCAACAAAGAUAAAAAUGGCGACAUAUAAAGGAACAUGAAAAUGGCGAGAAUUCAUAAGCAAGAAUGCGACGACAGGCCCAUGAUUACAAAGAAUAACAAUGAAGGAACGACGACACAAUUAUCAGAAGAACGAAGUAAAUGAUAAAGGCAGGCGACGAAGCAGCGUAUAAAGACAUUUCGACUCAACUUACUUAAGCCUCAUGUCUUGGGGGCAUGUGGACUGGGCGGGAUAUAAGUAUCUCUUAUUCCCGCCCAAAUCGAACAUUUAGAUGAACGAAAGCAGCCAUGGCGGGGUUUGUGGAACAACGUCGAAGCCCGCCCUUCCUUUGGAUGGGUCCACGCGCCAGCUGGAAGAUUCCUUUAGUUUUGUCUUAUAUGUAUAGAGGCUUGGGCCCCGGUUGUCAGGCCCAAGUACAGUAAAAGUCCACAUUAUGAUCAUUCCCUCUAUAAACGGAGAGGUCAACCCCUUGUAAAAAGCACCUUUUGAACAUUUAAUGAAAAUAUUCCUUUUGUGAUAUUUUUAGUACUCUGCUAGGGUUUACUUUCUGUCAGUCUUCUACGUCAGAUCUCCCUAGUACAGAACAACUAGUACUGUUUUCCCUACAUGAGAAAACAGGGAUUACAGAGGAAAAGGCAAACAGAUUAAGCAUAACAAAGUACUAGUAAAAGCUACCUGACAUAACAACUUGUGCAAACUAAAGCCUACACAGGAUGUACUCUUUUAAACACUCUUUUGACCCAAUAAAAUAAAUUAAUGGGUUAAGUAAAUAAAGUGUUUAAGAAGCAUGUUAGUAACAUUUCUAGCUAUUUUGAGCAUGAGCUAUUCUGGA